UUGGAACCGAGCUUCACAGAGGGAACCGGCAACGCCGACGCGUGGGGCCCGCUCGAACGCUUCGUUGCGGAAGAGUACAUCAUCGACACGAUUUGGGCGUUUGAGCCGGGUUAUCGCCGUUCGGCAACAAUUCCGGUGACUGAACAGCUGGCAUCGCUUCCGCUUCCCGCGGACCAGCCCGAGCAGUGUCAGUUCAUGGUCGCCGAGACCCUCUUCGCCGAGCUCUUGUCGUUGCCGAAGCCAUCCUUCACUCCGGUGUUGUAUCACAUCAUCAUUCAAGAUUUGUGUAAAAUCAUCCCGACGUUCCCGCCCAAGAUGGCGAAGACAGUCGGGGCGAUGUUCAGGGCGAUCGACCGCAUGGAUGUCGGCGCUCGCGAUCGUCUCGCGAGCUGGCUCGCUCACCAAAUCUCGUGCUUUGAUUUGGUGUGGCCUUGGUCGAGCUGGAAGCACGUCAUGGAGCAGCCCGACGAUGCCCCGCAACGCACGUUCUGCAAGGAGGUGUUGCGCAAGUUGUGCCAGCUCAGUUUCUUCGAGCGCGUGCAAAAGUCUCUCAUCGAAGAGCUGCAUCCGCUUCUUCCAGGGCAGGCUGGCAUCAACGCCGAGUACGUCGACGCGGUGGCGCAGGAACCCGUCUUCGGCGCGUUGAAAGAAAUGCUCGCUAGCAAGAAGGAAGGACACGAAGUUUUGGGUUGGAUUCAGUCGCAAGCGGCCAGCGCGAGCCCGGACGUCUUGCUCCGAGCUCUCGCCGUCGCCACGCUCGAGCGCGGGCAAAAGUGCAUUACCCAUCACGACGUUUUACUCAAGCGUUACGCACUUCCUAUUCGUGACUUGGUGGAGAAGGCGGGUGGUGAGGUAUUAGUCGAUGCCGCGGCUGGGGUCUGGCGAGGCCACCCGCAGAUGGGCCCGAUCGCCAUCGAACGAUUAUUAGCUCUUGAUUUAGUAACGCCCGCCGCCGUGGUCAACUGGCUGCUGCAGCGAGCCGCCGCUUUCGGCGAGGACGACACGUACGAGAUCGCCAACGUAGUGUGCGAGUUCGUGUGUGCGAGUAAAGAACAAGCGAUCGGAAAGCGUGAAGCGCUGUUGCGCAAACUUCGCGAGGCGGAAGCUGAAGCCGCCGCCGCCGGACAAGCCGCGACGGAGCUCACCGAGCAAGGUCGCGUCUUCGAGGCGCAGCAAGCCCAAGCCGCCGAAGCGAGCGCCGUGGAGGAGAUCUCCAUCCACGAAGCCGCUUUGGCCUCCGCCGACGCGCCCGUCGAUCGCUGCGCCGCCAUCACUCGCGAGAUUUGCCUCAACCUUUGCGGCGGUCUCGUCAAAGCCGCCUCCGGAGGCGCCUCCGCCGCCGUCGCCGACCGCAUCCUCGCCUUCGUCCGCAAGUACCGCGCCGAGCUCGCUUUGGACGCCGAUGCCGUCAUCAAAGCCGCGGGCACGAAGAAAACCGCCAAGUCCGCCGUCGCCGCCGCUUUAGGUGUUCAUUUGAAAUAA